CCUGCUCUCAACCUACCAACCUACUUUGCCCUUCUGGCCUUCCCCUUCCUCUAGUUCAUUUCUCUCUUCCCACGAAAUCCUCCGACGGGUCAUUAUUAACCACCUCUGGGGGCAUGAGACUCCAGUAUGGGACCUCCCCGCGAUGGCGCUUUCCUUGUCUUUCCCUCUGAACCCAGAAUCAUUGGCUGUUGUUGUCUAGCUCGAGUUGAGUUUCUCGAUGGGAAGAAUUUUUCAAGAGAGGCCUUGUAAACCUGCAUGGAAGGCCGGAGUACUUGUUAGGCAUAUGAGAGGUCAAACAAGAUGUAUGUAGCUUCAUCUGGCAUUCGCCCGUUUUGCUCAGGGGAAUACAACUUGAUUGUGACCAUUCCUAGAACAUUGUAAGCAUUACUCCCUCCGUUCCAUAAUUCUUGUCAAAAUAUUACAUGUAUCUAGACGCUUUUUAUGAAUAGAUACAUCCAUUUUUAGGCAAAUUUGAGACAAGAAUUAUGGAACGGAGGUAGUAGUAAACAAAGUCUGCAGGGCUGCAAUUUUUUUUCCAGAGUGUUUGUAGACAAGACUGAAAAAUCUACAAACAUUGCAAACAUUAGCUUCACUUCCGUAUGUUCAUAUACAACGAUGAAUCGAAGCCCAGUAUGUCCUCUCACUCUGGCCCUUCAGUUCAGUGAGAAGCACAUCAUCCAUCCAUCUCAAAGCGCGUAAAACAAGUCAUGGCGAUGGUUCUGGAUGCUUUUGCAUCCUACCUGCAAGGCAUGCUGACUGAGAUGGCGGCGGAUGAGAUUCAUCUGCUGCUCGGAGUCUCUGUCGAGAUCGACAAGAUGAGUGACAAGCUAGGGGACCUCAAGAACUUCCUUGCCGAUGCUGAUAGGAGGAACAUCACCGACAAGAGCGUGCAGGGGUGGGUGACGGAGCUCAAGCGCGCCAUGUACGACGCCACCGACAUCCUCGACCUCUGCCAGCUCAAGGCCAUGGAGUGUGGAGAGUCCACUAUGGAUGCAGGGUGUUGCAAUCCCUUCCUCUUUUGCCUAAGGAAUCCCUUCCAUGCUCAUGACAUCGGCAGCCGCAUCAAGGCGCUCAAUGUGAGGCUCGAUGCUAUCAAGCAACGCAGUGCUGCGUUCAGCUUCAUCAAUCUUGGGUCUUAUGAGGACCGUGGUGGGAACAUGCAUGCCUCUCAUCCUAGCAAUCCUAGCCGUGAGACGUCAGGGGAGAUCGACAAGUCAGGUGUGGUUGGAGAGAAGAUCAAAGAAGACACAAGGGCAUUGGUGGCUAAGAUCUUGCAGACAGGUGAUGGGGUCAACAACAACAUCAUGGUGGUCGCCAUUGUAGGCGUCGGUGGGAUUGGCAAGACCACCCUUGCCCAGAAUGUCUUCAACAACGAAUCCAUCCAAAGUGAGUUUGACAAGAAGAUAUGGUUGAGCGUCAACCAGAACUUUGACAGGACUGAGUUGCUCAGGACAGCCAUCACCCUUGCCGGGGGAGACCACCGCGGUGAAAAAGUAUUGGCCGUGCUUCAACCAAUCCUUACCGAGGCACUAAAAGGGAAGAAGUUCUUGCUGGUGAUGGAUGAUUUGUGGAGUCAUGGAGCAUGGGAGGGUGUGCUCAAAACGCCCUUAGUCAAUGCUGCUGCUUCAAGCAGCCGAGUCCUCGUCACUACUAGACAUGAAGCUGUUGCCCGAGGGAUGACAGCCACAUGGCCCCACCACCACAUCGACACUUUAUCGCCUGAUGAUGCUUGGUCAUUGCUCAAGAAACAGGUACUCUCCAAUGAGGCAGAUGAAUACCGCGUCAAUAUGCUGAAGGAUGUCGGAUUAAAAAUCAUACAAAAAUGUGGUGGUUUGCCACUUGCCGUCAAAGUAAUGGGAGGACUUUUGCGUCAAAGGGAGAUGCAACGUAGUGACUGGGAGCAGGUUUUGGAUGAUUCGAAAUGGUCAAUGAAUAAAAUGCCUGAAGAUCUCAAUAAUGCAGUAUACUUGAGCUAUGAAGCUAUGCCUCCUUAUCUAAAGCAGUGCUUUCUAUAUUACUGUCUUCUUCCUAAAAGUAACAGUUUUGAUGAUCUUCACGUCAUUGGCAUGUGGAUUAGUGAAGGAUUUAUUCACGGAAACUCUGGUGAUUUAGAAGAAUUGGGGAAAAGACACUACAAGGAGUUGAUAUCUAGGAACCUUAUUGAGCUUUUUAAAUUGGAUUAUGGUCAACAGUUUUGCAACAUGCAUGAUGUUGUUCGCUCAUUUGGUCAAUAUAUGGCUAAAGGCGAAGCACUCGUAGCUCACAAUGGAGAAAUUGAUAUUCUUACUAAACUUAGUUCACAAAAGUUUGUUUGGUUAUCUAUAGAAUCGGAGGAAGUGCAAUCUGGUGAAGUUGACUGGAAAUCUUUGCAAGAGCAGCAGUCAAUGAGAACAUUAAUCUCAACUAUCCCAAUCAAGAUGAAGCCUGGUGAUUCAUUGGUUACUUCUUCUAGUCUGCGUACUCUAUAUGUAAAAUCUGUAGAUGUGGCUUUGAUUGAAUCAUUGCAUCAACUCAAGCAUCUGAGGUAUUUAUAUCUAAAAAAUGCUGGUAUAUCUGCACUUCCAGGGAACAUUGGCAAGAUGAAAUUUUUGCAGUACCUUGACCUUCUUAAAUGUAGAAAUUUGGUGAAUCUUCCUGAUAGCAUUGUGAAGCUUGGUCAGCUGAGGUAUCUUAACCUUCCUGGCGAAAUAAGUAUGAUACCUAGAGGGUUCUGUGGUCUGACAAAUAUGAGGAUUCUGGGUGGGUUUCCAGCUCUCAUGGAUGGUGAUUGGUGCAGUUUGGAUGAGUUGGGGCCUCUUUCCCAACUCAGAUUUCUGAGAUUAGUUCAACUGCAGAAUGCAUCUUCUGCUGCUAAGGCUAGUCUUAGUGAGAAGAAACAUCUUAUCAACCUAAUCUUGUACUGCACCCCCACAGUGGGGAAUAAUGAGUUGGAUGAGCAGCAAAGAAUAGAGAAGGUGUUCAAACAGCUCUGCCCUCCGUCCAGUGUUGAAAAUAUUGAUAUUCAUGGGUAUUUUGGCCAGAAACUCCCCAGUUGGAUGAUGUACACAGCAAUAGUGCCCCUGAACAACUUGAAGUUUAUAUUGCUGUCUGACCUAGCUUGUUGCAACCAACUUCCCAAUGGGUUGUGCCCUCUCCCCUGUCUGCAGGUGCUUGAGGUCAAUGGUGCUCCAUGCAUCAGUCGUGUUGGAACUGAAUUCUUGCAUACGUCACAACCGGCGGUGGCUGCAUUUCCAAGCUUAAACAGGAUGGUCUUAAAAGGAAUGGUGGAAUGGGAGGAGUGGGAGUGGGAGGAGCAAGUGCAAGCCAUGCCCCGUUUGGAGGAGCUUUUGCUUGGUAAUUGCAAACUCAGGCUUGUUCCUCCUGGUCUGGCCUCCCAGGCAAGGGCUUUGAGAAAGUUAUACAUUAAAAAGGUCCAGCAGCUCAGCUACCUUGAAAAUUUUCCUUCCGUUGUUGAGAUUACAGUGCUUGGAUGCCCUGACGUGGAGAGGAUCAGUAAUCUCACCAAACUGCAUAAGCUCACCAUCAUCGAUUGCCCAAAGCUGAAGGUGCUGAAGGAUGUACCUGAACUCCAGAGGCUGAUUCUGAAGAAUGUCCAGCAGCUCCUCUACCUUGAGAAAUUUCCUUCUGUUCUAGAGCUUAAAGUGAUUCAAUGCCUUGACAUGGAGAGUAUCACUAAUCUUCCCAAACUGCAGAAGCUCACCAUCGCCUAUUGCACAAAGCUGAAGGUAGUGAAGGACGUGCCUGCCCUGCAGAGGCUGGUGCUGGAGGAUGACAAAAUGGAAACACUCCCUGAAUACACGAGAGAUGUGAACCCGAGGCAUUUGGAGCUAAAAUGUAGCCUAAUGCUGCUCACUUCCAUGGCAGCGGGACAAUCUGGACCUGAGUUUGACAAGUUCAGCCACAUCGAGCAGGUCGAGGCCAAGGAAAAGGAUGAGUACAUGUUGUAUACAAGAGAGCCUUACAGCUUGGACACAAAUAUCAACUGCUCAUUCCUGUUAGGAGGAACACUAUCCAUUUUCAAGGAUGCACAAAGACUCGAGUCUAUGGUAAAAAUGCCAAGAAAAGCCUUCGACUACAUCUGCAGCUUGGUGAAGCAAAAGACUUUCCGAGAUAUGUACAGCCACACCUUUCUUGAUGGGAAGUUGUUGUGUUUAGAAGACCGAGUUGCUGUCGCUCUGAUAGUGCUCAACUCUGGAGAUACACUUGCAACCAUAGGAUCCUCUGUUGGUGUUAACGAGGCAACGGCCUCGCUGGUAACCAACAGCUUUGUUCAUGCUAUGCCCAGACCAAGAUGGCCAGACACUGGUGAAAUGGAGAAGGUCAAAUUUAACUCUGACAAGAUCUAUGGUCUGCCAAACUGCUGUGGUGUUAUCCAUACAAGUUGCAUCCCAUUUGGAUCUCAAAACAGCAACAAUGAGAAGAAUGGCAGCUUGCUAAUGCAAGUCGUCAUUGAUUCAAAUAUGAGGUUCAUAGAUGUUAAGUUGGGAUUGUUUGAUGACAAGGACAAGUUGAGCGUUUUGCACGGCUCUUAUCUGUCCACGAACUGUGAGAAGGGUAUUUGGCUGAAUGGCAGCAAGCUCAAGGUAUCAUCAGAUGGAUCUGGAGAAGUUGGGGAGUACAUAAUUGGUGAUGCAGGAUACCCUCUUCUCCCCUGGCUCCUCACACCUUACCAGCUGGAGAAUGACCUCUCAGAAACCAAACUGGAGUUCAACAAGAGGCACUCCGAAGCCAUGGCUGUUGCACUGAAGACGUCAGCAAGGUUCAAAGACAUAUGGAAGGGUCUGCAUGGAGGAACGUGGCGCCCGGAAAAUCGGGAUGAGCUGUGGAGGGCUAUCCGAGUGUGCUGCAUGUUGCAUAACAUAGUGAUAGGCAUGGAUGAUGAGGGUUUCGACAUUCCCAGCUCUCGCAAGGUGAAUUACCGCGAGCAAGUGCGGCGCCAAUUAGCAGGUGAAGACGCUGUCAGGGCUAGGAAUAUAUUGUCCCAGUACAUGACCAGCAGGUCGUCCGAAUCUAGAGUGGAUAAAGAGGAGCAACAGGAAGCAGCUUCAUCCAGUUCAGGGGAUAAAGAGCAACAAGAAUUACACACACGAACAGCCGUGGAGAAGAGAAACAAUGCUAGCUAGCCAGCUGGAGAUCCGAUCGGCAUCAUCGCUUAAUUUGGUGGAAUUGAUGAAGCUACGCGGCAUUUUACAUCCUCAUCUCAUCCUACGGCUUGGUUGCAUCAUCUGUGUGAAUGCGGUGAAACCCUGGCAAUGGAGCAACAUGGAUUAUAAAAGUUAAUGCCUUUCAUUUAUACUGGUCAUCUCUUUGGCAAACGCACAAGUACUGUUAUGUGUUUUAUUUGUAUGUUGGGGACCGUUAAGCUUAAUUUUAUGGGUUGAGAAAACGAUAAUAUAGCUGCAAGUGGACUUUUGUACGUGAAUUAUUUCUAUCCUUCAAUUGAUGUAACCUGGAGAAUUUGCAAACACAAA